AGUUGCAGUGUGGCAUAAAAGAUUAACACGGUAGAAGUGGUAGAUCCCACCGUUGUUCUUCAGAUAAGACAUGCUACGCUGUAUGAACAAAUCCAUCACCCUACCAUCUUGACAGCUACUAUGAACAACGCGGUGUUUCCCUUGCCAUGCUUGAGGUAAUCAAAAACCCGGUUGGUAGGAACGGCGCAACCGUGCAACUAAGGACGAUUGUAAUGUGGAGGAAAAAUAAAUGGAAUGUGUGGCCCUUGUCACAGUGUACGGCAUGCGUCGAUCACAGCAACCAUCAUCCUCCGUAACCAUUGUGGACAAACAUUGCGCUACUCCCUCAACGUUUCACGAUUGAAACGCUCAUCUAAAGCGCGUAUGGUCUCGAGUACGAUGGCCUUUUCACCCCGCAAAACAAUGCUCUCUACUCCAACGCCUGGAAUGCGUUCGGGUACCCUCGCGCAGAGAUCCGUUGAAUGUUCUUUUGUAAGGGGAAUCGCCCCAUCAAUUUGCAGCAUGGCCUUGAGAGGGGCGGAAGAAGGGAAACUGUGCAGCAGCCAUGGAAAUCAGCCAUGGACAAACAACGCCCAAUCCUUUAUAGAACACCUCCUCUCUCCGUCCUGUUUCCUUUGUGGCUGUGCUCCCGUGCCUUUCUUCCUUCGCCCCACAACCGCAGUGGCAGAGUCACGGAGGCGCUGUGAGAUGGGAGACAAAGUGCUUAGCCUCGCGGAAAUUUGUACCGCCACAUGUUCUUUAAUUACCUAAUAUUGGCAAACCACGAAUAAAAUAUUCUAAAUAUCCAAAAG